ACCAUGUUCUCCUUUAUCACGUCUCACUUUACGAGAGACAACUCCCUCUGGUGGCUAGGUUGUGCACGUGUGUUUCCAAACACCAAACGCCUUCCAGCCACGGCAGUCUGUAUCUGGCUUUCGGAAAAUGCACAUUGUUGGAGCUGAGGUUGUCUCUGAAGAUCUUGCGGGAGCACAGGUGCAGUUUGCAUAAACCUGCCGUGAGGAACUGGAGAAAGCACCAAGACAAUAUUUCACCUACACUGGAAAUACAACCAAUUCCUACUCUCACCUGUGAACAUGGAUUGCUGAGGUUGUGAGCUACAAGAGGGAAGAAACGGAUCCCGUCUCCCGUGGAGUAGCCUAGUCCAUCCCGAACCACCAUUCUCUUUGGCAAAGCAGAAUGUCCUGUUGUUUCUGAUUGUUGUAUUUCUUUUUCUAAAUUACAAAAUGAUUCCCGAACAUCAGAACCAUGUUGUCACAACAAUUGAGACAAUUCCUCCGGAGACCAUCACGACGUCGCCGACCCUCUAUCAGAGGAUAAGGAAAGUGUUUAACAGGGAGCUGAUGGUGACUCUGGCCCUGGGCCAGGUGCUCUCUCUGCUCAUCUGUGGAAUUGGCCUGACCAGCAAAUACCUGGCCAACGACUACCACGCCAACACCCCCGUGUUCCAGAGCUUUCUCAACUACAUCCUCCUCUUCCUGGUCUACACCACCACUCUGGCCGUGAGGCAAGGAGAGGAGAAUUUGCUGGCCAUCCUGAAGAGGCGAUGGUGGAAGUACAUGAUUCUCGGCUUGAUCGAUAUCGAGGCCAACUACCUUGUCAUCAAAGCGUACCAGUACACCACGCUUACGAGUGUGCAGCUCCUGGACUGCUUUGUGAUCCCGGUGGUGCUGCUGCUGUCCUGGUUCUUCCUGUUGGUGAGGUAUAAGGUGGUGCACUUUGUGGGCGUGGGCGUGUGCCUGCUGGGCAUGGGCUGCAUGGUGGGCGCCGACGUGCUGGUGGGACGACAGCAGGGCUUCGGGGACCACAAGCUGCUGGGCGACCUGCUGGUGCUGGCCGGCGCCACUCUGUACGGCAUCUCUAACGUGUGUGAGGAGUUCAUCGUGAAGAACCUGAGCAGGGUGGAGUUCCUGGGAAUGAUGGGCCUCUUCGGCUCCUUCUUCAGCGGCAUCCAGCUGGCCAUCAUGGAGCACAAGCAGCUUCUGAGGGUGCAGUGGAACUGGCAGAUAGGUCUGCUGUACAUCGCCUUCAGUGCCUGCAUGUUCGGCCUGUAUAGCUUCAUGCCGAUAGUCAUCAAGCGGACCAGCGCCACUGCGGUCAACCUCUCCCUGCUCACCGCCGACCUCUACAGCCUCUUCUGUGGCCUGUUCCUCUUCCAGUACAAGUUUUCAGGCCUGUACCUGCUGUCGUUCUGCAUCAUGGCGCUGGGCCUCGUCUUCUACUUCUCCGCCUCCACCUAUGUGGCCCAGGACCCACGCGUCUACAAACAGUUCCGUAACGCUGGCAACCCCAUCGCUGACACACCCACGUCCGGCCCCCUGGAACCCUCAGUGACCUAUACCAGCUUAGGACAGGAGAUAGAGGAGGAGCCCCGGAUCCGAGUCGCCUGAAUCGUUGGUGGGGGGGGAUGACAAAGACGUGUCGGCAUUGGGGUUCUCCCCCCUAAGUCAAUCAUCCAACUUCCCUCCCCAUCCAGCUGACCAGAGAGAGAGAGAGAGAGAGAGAGAGAGAGAGAGAGAGAGAGAUACGAGAGAAAGUGAAUGAGUGAAAGGAAGGAGUGCCGAUGCUUGUGGAGUUGUGGAAGGAGAAGUGACAAGAACAAGUAGCAAGACAAGCAAACGUACACUGUGAUCACAAACUGUGAAAAACAAAAAAGGUAGCGGUGGUUCCUGUCAUUUUCUCAUGUCCUGAAGGCUUAUUGUGUAAAGAAAUACUCAGCACCUCUCCCUUGGCUCACCCUGACUGUUUUUAAAUAUGUGUUUAAUGGAUUCCUUGCUGACUGUUCAUCCAAAUGCUCAAAUAUGACCCCAAUUUUGUCACUAUUUUUAUUUUUUUGUUACAUGAGCACAAAAACAAAACAAAAAAACAACACCCCACAUGUUUAUUGUAUUUGAGUGUUUUACAUCUCUGAGUUUUUCAAUAGAUACCAUGUGUAUGUGUACGUUUUAGGGUUGUCUGUUUUUAAGUUAUGAGCAACUAAUAUACAGACUCAGUCAGUCAGUGCCUUGUCAUGUAGUGCUAUCUGGCAGGGUAUGCUGUGCGUCCGCAGGUAAUCUCUGUGCAUUACGUGUACGUGUAGUUACACGACUGCGCACCAUGAGAGGAAAAAACGGUCGGCACGCGUCAUUCGUGAUUAGGUUUGUCACUCAGACGUUUCUGCUUGUCCACACGCUUGACACCUUCUAGUUGAUCGUCCAGUUCUGGAGAAAAAUAAAACGAUUGACUAAUUAGUUGGUUGGUUGCCAUCACAUUUGCUUGUUGGAUACUGUAUUUUCAUGUUAUGUAACACGUCAUCUCGUAUAUGGGGAAUAUUAGUGGAGAGAAGUUUGAUGAACAUUCAUCUAUUAGUAUUGUAAACUCAAAAAUGAGUUUUAAUGCACUUGUUAAGAAUUAGAUUUUAUGGAUUCUCUGUUUAUUUUUAACGUAUUAUCUUUUAUGCUUGGAUAUUUGGCAUUUUAAUAAUUUGGAUAUUUAAAAAAAAAAAAGAAAUCCAGCACAUAUUUUAAAAUUAUGUUGUACACUCAUCCUUGGAAGUAUUCUUACUCUUUUUUUAUUUGCUGUUUAAAUGUUGAAUUUCCAGAUAUGUCUGACUUGCUGAAAAUAAAAUACCGAAAACAGUUGAAUUUUUAAGCAAUCAUGUUUUAUACAUGUCGUACAUCAUUACAUGGACUAACUUACCAAAGUCCUUGCUUGGGGGUUUAUCAGAUGAAAAGGUUUAUUCGUUUGCUGGCCAGGGAUUUGUUUAAGCUCUGCUUCUCCGUAAAGCGCCAGUGUGCUUGAAGCAUUAUGCAUCUGAAUGCAAGUAAUGAUCUGGCUCCAAAAUCCACCUGUCAAUCCACCUGUAUCUGCGCAUAGGGUGGGCAUCGGGUGGGCAUAGCGUGGGCAUCGGGUAGGCAUAGCGUGAGCAUCGGGUGGUUCAGGUCAUAUCACCAACUGGAAGUAUAAAGCCAACCGAAUGGAAAAAUAGUGUACUUGAAGCAUAUCUAUUUAUGGGAUAUGUUUGUGUUAGUCAUUUAGAAAAAAAUAACCCAUUCAUUUCUAUACUGAAGCAUACUUCUUUGUACAAUUCGAUUUGGAAAUAUGCUAAAUGUAAAUCAUAAGUACAUUUGACCAUUCCUAUCUACUUUAAAUAAGAAUACUUGAAGUAAACAUUUUUUUUUGCAAAGUAAUGCUCAAAAGGGAAUAAUGAACAGACUCCCAGUGCAUAUUUAUUGAUGCAAGCCAGCUGAUGAGGGAAAACCUGCUUUUAAAAAGAUCCUACAUCCCAGCACAAGCUAUUUAAGAAUGUAAACAUCAGUGUGCUAAAAAGAGACUUCAACUUUCCCCAAUCAAAUCUAGUCUCAUCAACUCAUUCAUAGCAAUUAUUAUAUUCAAGCAAUUUUGUAAAAUACUGUAUUUCUAUACUGUAAAGUAAAUGUACAUUGCUCAAGUAUCUGAAUUUGCUGUAUUUUUGAACUUGUUGUUUGAUUUUUUUGUUUUCAAUAUACUGUAGCCUACUGUUCUGUUUUUCCUGUCUCUGGUGUAUAGUUGAUCGAUUGCACUGCUGAAACAAGUUUGUUUGAAACAUGUCAAGUCAGAUAUAGAGAGAGGGUGUUUAGAGGAUGAGCUCAUAUAAAUUAUAUUCAUCGUGACUACUAUUCUGAUCAUGAAAAGUUGAGCCAAACAAAAAAAUCAGGCGCUAUGAUUGCGGAAUCACAGAGAAAUAAAGAUAGAAUAAGACUGUUAAAACUGUAAGGAUCAGAAAAGUCCAAUGUGUCAUUGACUUGAUUUUGUAAAUGCAUUUUCAUUUACUGUGAUACACACACAAAAAAAACUAUGUUAAUGAUAAAUGAUCGUAUGAAAUAUAGUUGGAAGAAAAUGUUUGUGACCCCUGUGGUGAUUUGUUUUGUAUUUAUCAUUAAAAAUAAAUUAAAUAUCCUGAUUUCAAUCAGAUUCGAAUACCAAAA